AUGGAGCAUGGCCACGUGCUCUCUGCCUGUCGGUUUACCAAGGCAAUGACCGAGAUAGAUGUGGAACUUACAAUCAUUGAGGCCUUUGGAGAUAAAAUCCCCCGUCUUGUGGAUGUGGAGAUCUUGACGUCUGUCCACAGUAAACUUGUAAAGCCAACUCUGGCUCCCGGGCAGGAAGGCAUCAAUGGAGUCAUUCUUCAUCGACUUUUCAAGACCAAGCCGAUUUACGUCAGACCGAGCCAGCAGUUAUUGCCCAGUUUCAUGCAGGUGAGAACUCAAAAUUCCUCAAUAAAUGUUGCAUGGAUAUAAACAGCACCCUCUCCCCGCCCCCCCCCCCCCCCCCCCACAUACCCCGCCUCCAUUCCCCUCUCCCACAUUCAGAUGUGAAAAAUGAGUUUGCCUUAUUAUUAAAAUUACUCUUUCACUAUGUUUAGGAAGAUGAAGAGGCAGAAGAUGAAGAGAGAGAGCAAGAACAAUCAGGUACAUGUAAAAAUAGAUUGACUUAUUUUACUGUAGGUUUGGUGAGCAGAUUUUGAGGCUGGUUGCCCUGGGCAAAAGGGUGAAAGUGUGUGGUGUGACGACAGCUAUUGAUCAUUGUCUAGCAUACUUUUAACUCAUUUACUGGUACUUAUUUUAUGGUAGGAAAUCAAUCAGCACAGCAUCGGGCAAGUCAUUCGUGCCCCACCCAGCUGCAGCAAUCCCAACCAAUUAUUGAAAGCUAUCUUUUGCAGCCAAAUAAUGAUCAAGGUAACUCUUUCCAUAAAAUAGCCCAAUUUCAAUACCUUAAAAUUCUGACUUGUCUCCAAGGCUCAGUAAAGUGUAAAAAUUCAAAAGGAAAUGAAUAUCAUGUAUUUCCACAAGCCUCAUAGUCAAGUGAGAAUUUUAAUACAUGUACGUUGAAAUAGGCCUAUUUAAAUUGCAUCUUGUUUGCAAUAAGAAAAAUUAGAAUUUGUUUAUCUUUCUUCAAAGCAUCUGUCUGUGGAAAUUAUAUUUACUAUCGUUUACUAUCAUUCAUGGAUGAUUCUUAUUAUUUCUUAUUAUAAGAAUAAAAUAUAUUAUAUAUCAAUUUAUUAUUAUCAUCAUUUAUUGCAUUUAACAAAGAGAUGCACUUUCAGGGAAAUUUUUGAUUCUGGUAGUCAUGUUAUAAGCAAAUGUAAAGAAACCUUAAAAAUCUAGGUGAUACACGAGAUUUGAACCCAUAUCCACUGGUCAACCCAACAGUCCACCUAUCUGUAGCUAUUUACCUACAAAUAUUCUUGAACUCCAUCAAAUGCUUAUUUACUGAAAUGUGAUUCUAAUAUUUGUUUGUGUAUGUUCUCAGAUGCAGAUGCACUGUUAGAAAAACCAGUGUUUUCCUCAUCUGAUCAAAUGCCUGGGCCAUCUAUCGUGGACCUUGCCACCAAUGAUGCUGAAGACACUCAAAUAAAGAAUGACGAACAAGUUGCAAGGUCAUUACAGGAAGCAUUCAACAGAGACUUUGACAGGGAAACCAGCCAUUUGCUCGGAUCUGUUGAUUGUUCAACUAUACAUGAUCAGGCUGGCGUACUUAAAGUGCUAGAAGAGAAGGUGAUAAGGGAAAAAGAGUCCUUGUUCCUUGUAGUAAGAAGAGGCGCACCAUUAGAGAGAGUUCUUAACCUCUGGCGUAGAGAAUCCCGCAAAAUUUCUCCGGAACAUGAACUUAGAAUCAAGUUCCUUGGAGAGCAAGGAAUUGAUUCCGGUGCAUUGACUAAGGAAUUCCUCACCUUGACAAUUGCAGAUAUUGGAAAAAAGUUCUUUCCCAAUGGCAGCCCAGUACACUCCACAAAUGACGUCCAAAAUGGAAAUUUUAAAGCAUGUGGAGAAAUAGCAGCAACAAGCUUAGCCCAAGGUGGGCCACUACCAUGCUUUUUAGCAGAAUGUGUCUAUAAUACUUUGGUUCUGGAAAGUGACAUUGACUUCACAAGUGUCAGUCCUGAACAACACCUGACUUCAACUGAACAAGAACUACUGCACCACAUACAAAGCAAUGUCAUGGGUCAUCAAGAUACCAUUAUUGAACAUGGGUACACAGGGGUGAUCGAGAAAGAGCACUUGCACUCCAUAACUGCCUCAAUUGUUGUCAGUAUGCUGAGCAGGAGGACACUUUGCCUCAAGGAGUUCAAAAAGGGGUUGCAACUUUAUGGGUUGUCAGGUCUUAUUUCCAGAUAUUCAUAA